UUAUUUAGUUUCCGCAGUGAUGCAAUGAGAAAUUAGUCACGGUCUGCAGGUGGCCCCUGGGCCGCACUUUGGGCACCUCUACUUUUGUGGAUCUUCGUCGGGGUCGUGCUUGUGGUGUCGGCUCUACGAACCAAACUACAAAUCUGUGUGUGGUGGACGAGCGAAGCGAUGGUGGUUGAGGGGAGAGGGGCUGCGUUACAACAGUAACGAGGCCCAUGAGGCGUACGGGUGUGUUCAGUGGUCAAAAUGCGUGCCAGUUGGUCAUUCUCCGGAGGGGAGGGCACUGAUGUAAUAAUAAAUGUUUUUUCUAAUAUUCUCACGAUUGACCGGCAAAGUCCUAAAGAUCGACUAGUAGCUCGCGAUCGGCAGGUUGGUGACCCCUGCUUUACAGUAGGCGGUAUAGUAGCAUCCCAUUACAUGCAUUCUUAGCUGCCUCUUUUUGGCUGUUUUUAUAUCUUUAGAAUGCAUGAAAAAGAAAAAGACGUGUUCAUGUCUCACAUAUGGAUUGUGGAUGAUGGGCAAAAUUCCAAAAAAAACCAGUGCAGUUUUCCUUUAAGAGACUUAUUGGACAUUUUGUGCCAUUCAUUUUUUUUUAACUUCAAGGAUUCUGUGUAGAAUGAUUACAAAUUUGCUGGAGGAUAUUCAUUUUAAAACACAAAAUUGUCCCCUCAUUUCCUUAAAUUAGCCUAAAAUGGCAGUGCGACACGAAAAGCGACACAUUUGUUCCUCGUGACAACAUAUGUCCAUUUGAAAAUGCCAUUUUUAAACCCACAUUUAAACCCACCCAGACUGCUGGCUUUAAAUUUGUCCACAACAUGGUGCUUUUUCCCAUUCAAAGCAUGCAGUAAACUUCUUACCUUUUUACUGUUUAGCUACAUUCAUGAUGUUUGGAAUGUUGUAUAUGUAUGUAUGUCUCCUUAUUUCCUAAUAUUUGAUAUUUUUUAUGCUAAUCUUCUGGUAGAAAAAGCAAUCAUGCAAAAAAAAAUCCUGUAAGUAUGCAAAAAAACAAGAUAAAAAUCUAACAGCUAUUGUUCCAUGUGAGUGUAGCAGCGCGUUGUUGUUGGCAACAAAGAGAACAUGUCAGAGCUUUAAAUAACUUUGUUGCACUCGCCCACCGGUCUGUCAAGUGGGAACUGAGUGGUGCCUUGGAUCUCAUUUGUUUUUCCUACAUUUGAUUCACGGGGAGUCUUUUUCCUCAUUCUGCAACGCUCCUUCCAUUCCCUCCUUGAUGGCUUCUCGCUUUUACCACCCUGGUUCGCACCAUGUUUUGGGGGAAAAAAAGUCUGGCCAUUUACUUACUUUAUCCUUCUUUGUCUUCUGUUGUUUGUCUCUUUCAUAGAUGUUUGUCUUUGUCACUGCAUGAUUCUGUCUUGGGAUUUUUGGGGGGAUUUACUCUGGAUCUUUCUUCCUAUCAUGUCACUUUUUCAGGCAGUAAAGUAUCAUUUUUCUUGCACAGGCACUGAUUUUGUGUGAAAAUAUAGUAAAUACCAUGGGGUGUCCUAAUUUUUAAAAUAAUUUUUUCACGACUGUAUGUAGGGAUGUCCGAUAAUAUCGACCGACCGAUGGCCGGCAUAAAAAUGAUGGUUCAUAUCGGUAUCAGUUUUUCUCAGUGGUGGGCAGUCAAGGCCAGCAAGGCUUGCUCUGCUGGCCUAAACAUUAUCAAAUGCUCUGACCUACAUUUAAAACUUAAAUUGUAGUAUUUGUUUCAUUGAAUUUCAUUAAUUUAUUCCUGACAGUCUAUUGUCUUCAGUUAAUAGCGUGUUUCUCGGAUGCACUGCUUCAAGUAGUGUCUAAGAUUUGUUUUUUCCAAUCAGAUUUCAGCUUCUGUGUGCUGCUAUAUCAACGUAAUCUGCCCAGGGCCUUCAGAAUCAGGAGCGCUGGCCCCUGUCACAUCCACUCUAUUAGCAAUGGGGCUGUUUAGCCAAUCAGACCUCAGAUUCGCCUCUCAGGGCACAGUGACAUCAGUACUUUUUCGUCAUCUGAUUGGUUGAUCAGAGCACUGUCAACAAGCCGUGUUACGCCCACAAUGGCUGACGGAAGAGGAGGAAAUUGACAUCUCUGUUCUGGUGACCAUGAAGGAGUAAGAUCUCAGCGCACCCGACGUACAAACCGUAAGUCGAAAUCGGACACAAAAUCGAAGGCUACUCAGACGUAAGGCCGUCGCUUCAUUCGUACAGCCAAAGCACGUGAGUUGUAAGACCAACGUCCGUCAAACUUCCAAUAAAGGUACCGACUUUGCGUUCCAUGUGGGCUUUGUAUGAAGACUGCAAGAACUAUGCGCCAGCUAGAUUCAUAACAGAAAGAUGAUUGAUGAUCUGCACAUUCACGAGACCUACGGCACUUCCUCCACUUGCAAUUCUACUUCGCCAGGAUGUCGAUUGUCGUUAUUCACCAGCCGUGACCUCAUGCAGCGCGUGCAGAUGUGCCACAGGUGUACACGUCAUAUCCGGUCACCCGUCAUGGAGGAACCACAGAGGAAAAAGAGUCAACGGCAUGAAGGCGCCAAGCCGAGAAAGGUGAGAUUCAAGCUGGCGUCGUCUUACAGCGGCCGUGUGCUGAAGCACGUGUACGAGGAUGGGCAGGAGCUAGAUAGCCCUGAGGAGAAAUACCCGCACAGCUUCCUCGGCGGAAAGAUGGCACAACCUGGCCACCUGGAGAUGGAGCAACUCUGCGGCUUUGACCAGCCUUUGUCGGACCAGCUGGGUGUCGAUGCUCCAACAGGGCUCAUUGCCCAGAGAAUAAACGUGUACAGAGGAACAGGAGGCUACACGGCUGCUGUGGGCCAAAACCGCCAAACAGAUGGUGACACCAACUCGUCGGUGUUGGACUUCGGAAAGAUCAUCAUCUACACCAGCAACCUGCGCAUUAUACGAGCACCUAUGAAGAAGGCUGAAAUGUUGCGCCACUACACAGUGCCCCCUGUGGCCUCGGAGGGCUCCCUGCAGGCUCGUGAGCGUGGGAGCAGGAGGCCAACUAAAGCUCUUUGUACACAGGAGGGAGAUCAGAAACAGAUGACACACACCGAGAAGGCAGGCAGCUGCCAGCAUUGCGGAGGCUCGGGCCUCGCCCCGUGCUCACUGUGUCACGGCAGCAAGCUGUCCAUGCUGGCCAACCGCUUCAACGAGUCCAUCAGCGAGCUGCGCUGCCAGGCCUGCUACCCUCACGGCCUGGAGAGGUGCCAGUCGUGCUCCACAAUGUCGCCGUGUUUGGACGACACCACCACGACCACCCGUGUCUGGCUAGCGACUCAAUGAAAGCUGGGGUGGUUUAGAGGCACACACAUAAGCCGCGGCUGAAUAGGUGAAUUAGUGAAGGGCGCUGCAGCAGGUACACACUCGGAAAAUACAUUUGUGCGUGCUGUGAACAUAAUCUCUUUUUUAUUUUGCUGUAUUUAAUUAAAAUGAUGCAAACAUUACGAAUUGUAUUUUUUACCUGGCAGGAAAGCAUCCUAUUCAUUGGUUUAAUCCUUCCAUCCUUAUCUGUCUGCAGCAGAAUAUUAUUUAUUUUUACCUACAGUACACAGUAAUGGUUGCAUGUAUGAGGGAAAUUGGGUGUUGCUUAAUGUUAUUUUAUAUAUAUUAAAAAAAUAAAAAAAAUUAAAAGUCAAUUUUACUCUAUUAUUAUUAUUAUUGUAAAAUAAUUAUCAGGUUAUUGCCAACU